CGGAAGUAAGUCCGUGUUUUUUUUUUGUGUGUCACUUUUUUUCUCUACUCUAAACACGAAUUUCAACUCAACGCUGGCUGUCGGAGAGCGUGCACUGCCAAAACAACAAAAUGGGCCACAACCGGAUAUUUUCAGGCCUGCUAUAGCGCAGUGAUUUCGACCAGAUGACAUCGAACCCAAAUGUCCAUUGGGCGCCACUGCCAAGGACGGAGCUCCUUGUCUACUGGCUGCUGUCCUUUGGCUCCCAUUUGUACUCUUUUUAUGAACUUCACAGGUUCUCAAAAGAGCAUGAAGCGGGAUUGGUUAGACAAUUUCCACUGGAAAGAGGCCUCUUUCAGGGGUUCAAAAGGGAUGCAUCGGACUUUGAGUGGACCUUCUGGAGCGAGUGGGCUCAGAAGUCCUUGCUGUGGACUCUGAUCGGACACGCUGUCGUAUCCAGAUUGUGCAGCGUCUUUUACCCACAGUUUCAGGUGGCGGCGCACACGGUUUACGGCCUCUUGGCAGCCAGCAGCGUUUUGGGACUCAGAGGUGUAGCCGUGCUGCUUCUCCAUGUGGCUUUGUCCUUCUCCGUGGCCCAGCUCAGGAGGCCCGCUCUGUGCUGGACCUGCAACCUUUUGCUUCUCUGCACCCUUCACGUCCCACCGCUUCAGGACAUCCAGAGAGGCUGGUACGAGCGUGACGAGGAGUACUACCUGCUGCUCUUCAGCGUGGCAGUGGGCACUCUUCGGCUCCUCAGCUUCAGCCUGGAGCGUUGUGGGCGCCCCGCAGUCCACACGGGUAGUUUCCUGCAGCUAUGCUGGCUGUUGUCGUACACGUUCUACCAUCCCUUCUUCUAUAACGGCCCUGUCAUCACGUAUAACGACUACGUGGAGCAGAUGCAGACGCCCGCGGAGGACGGCGACCGGCACAAACCGGGCGCUCGCUACCUGUUGCUUCGGUCGGCACGGAUCCUGAUGUGGUGGUGCAUCGCGGAAUAUAUGAUCCAUGUCAUGUACAUGCACGCCAUCCAGUCCAACGAGACCUACCUGGAGAUUCUGCCAACGUGGGCCUUAGGUGGCCUGGCUCUGGCCCUGGUGCAGUUCUUCUUCGUCAAGUAUCUGGUCCUGUUCGGCCUUCCGUCCACGUUGGCCACGUUGGACCGGCUGGUUCCGCCCGGUCUGCCUCGCUGCGUCAGCAUCAUGUACAGCUUCACCGGCAUGUGGCGGCAUUUUGACAAGGGCCUGUAUCGAUGGCUGCUCAGAUACGUCUACGUGCCUCUGGGAGGUUCGCAUCACGGAGUGCUGUACAAAAUGUUAUCCACAGCGCUGGCGUUUGGCUUCGUCUGCCUUUGGCACGGCGGCCAUGACUACCUUCAGUGCUGGGCCCUGAUGAAUUGGCUGGGCGUUCUGGUGGAAACCGGCCUCAAGGCUCUCUUUGGCUCAGCGCUCCUUCGCUCCUUUCUUGAGCGGCGUUCCUCUGCGGCAACGAGAAGGCGCUGCGCCGCGCUGCUCUCCGCCUUCUCCACGGCCAUGCUCAUCCUCUCUAAUCUGAUCUUCCUCGGGGGGAUUCACGUCGGCAGGAUCUUCUGGAAGCGCGUCUUCCUUCAAGGCUGGUCCACAGUGGCGCCGCCCAUGCUGGCCUUCCUCUACUGCUUCGCCCAGGUGGGACUGGAGUGGGCCCCGCACCCGCCGUGAGUCACCUUGACUUUGCAACGCAGCAAAGAAAAGACAAAGCGAGGCGGCACGCCGUCCGUGCCAGAACCGCGCUCGGAAUCUGGCCGGCCGCCACGGAACCUGCUCGGAAUGCUGGCUGAAGUGAAGCGCUAAGCAGCGACUCGCAGGGGGGUGCUGCUCUGCUGCUCUUUGUUCAGUGAAGGCUAGCACCACACACUGGAAAAUGCAUAGUCCACGUUUGAAAUUGGCAAUGUGAAAGAAAAUGUAAUCCCCGCCUCGUCGCUGUUCAUGCUUUGAGUAGAUUGUAAAAAUACGGAAGACAUGUUUUUCCACACAAAGUUAAACUUAAAAUACUUUUU